AUGACAUUUACCGAUCACCCCAUUGAGACUCCUCCACGGGCUCCCUCUCCAGUCCACCGUUUUGGCACUCUCGCUGUUCAUGCCGGAGCCCCUCACGAUCCUUCUACAGGCGCUGUUAUCGAGCCCAUCUCCCUCAGUACCACAUUCGCCCAAACCAGUGUCGGCAAGCCCGUCGGCAUAUACGAGUACAGCCGGUCCUCAAACCCCAACCGCGACAACUUCGAGACUGCCGUCGCAGCGAUUGAGAAUGCCAAAUACGCCCUGGCAUUCGCCUCCGGCUCGGCGACCACCGCUAUCAUCCUGCAAAGCCUGGCAGCGGGGAGCCAUGUCAUCAGCGUGAGCGACGUGUAUGGAGGAACACAUAGAUACUUCACCCAGGUGGCGAAGGCGCACGGGGUGAAGGUCACAUUCACGCCCGAGAUCGAGGUCGAUAUUCGAGAUCAUAUUACGUCGGAGACGAAGUUGAUAUGGAUUGAGACCCCCUCCAACCCGACUCUGCGGCUGGUGGAUAUCAGGGCUGUCGCGUCGCAGGCCCAUGAGCAUGGCAUUAAGGUUGUGGUCGACAAUACAUUCCUGAGCCCAUAUGUGCAGAACCCUCUCGACCAUGGCGCGGAUAUCGUGGUGCACUCAGUUACCAAGUACAUCAAUGGCCACUCGGAUGUCGUUAUGGGCGUUGCGGCUUUCAACUCGGACGAGAUGAAGCAGAGAUUGGGGUUCUUGCAAAAUGCAAUUGGCGCAGUGCCCUCUGCAUUCGAUAGCUGGCUCGCGCAUAGAGGUUUGAAGACGCUGCACCUGAGAGCGCGAGAGGCAACCGUCAAUGCGACAGCUGUAGCCCACGCCCUCGAAGCCUCUCCACAUGUCAUCUCCGUCAACUAUCCCGGUAUCGACUCGCACCCUCAUCGCGCAAUCGCCAUCAAGCAACACCGAAACGGCAUGGGCGGUGGUAUGCUUUCAUUCCGAAUCAAAGGUGGCCAUGCUGCCGCCGAGCGGUUCUGUCAAUCCACCUCCCUCUUCACCCUAGCCGAAAGUCUAGGAGGAAUCGAGAGUCUGAUUGAAGUGCCCAGCAGCAUGACGCAUUCUGGUAUUCCGAAAGAGGACCGCGAGGCCGUGGGUGUCUUUGAUGAUUUAGUAAGAGUUAGCUGCGGCAUUGAGGACGCAGAGGAUUUGAAGGCGGAUGUGCUGCAGGCGCUGGAGAAGGCCGUCGUUCUGCCCAAGAUCACUAAUGGCUUGAACGGAGUAAACGGACAGGCGACGCUUUAA